GUGAUAAAUAAUAAUUGAUAAUGAAUUGACACUUUUUAGUGUUUUUAAAAAAGUCUUAACUGUUGUUUGGACUCUCGUUUUCUAAACUUUUCAAUUGCAGAGUUUCAUAAGCUACUUCUUUCAAAAUGAGUAUCAUGGACUAUAAUGGUGGUGCGUUAAUUGGUAUGAAAGGCAAAGACUGUGUUGCCAUUGCAACUGAUAAGCGAUUUGGCAUACAAGCUCAAACAGUGUCUCUUGAUUUCACGAAAGUCUUUCAAAUAAAUCCUCACACAUAUAUGGGAUUUCCUGGUUUAGCUACAGAUAUAUUUACCGUGUACGAGAAAAUCAUGUUCAGGAAAAGGUUAUACGAGUUAAAAGAGAAUCGGAAAAUAUCUCCUAAAGCAUUAGCAUCCCUAGUCUCCAAUUUGUUGUAUGAAAACAGAUUUUCACCAUUCUUUGUCGAACCAAUGAUUGUUGCUUUGGAUGAAGUGACAUUGGAACCAUAUAUGUGCGACAUGGAUUUAAUAGGCUGUGUAAAUAAGUCUGAUAACUUUGUGGUGGGAGGUACUAGUUCAAGUCAAUUGUACGGUCUUUGUGAAGCUCUUUGGGAGCCUGAUAUGGAAGAGGAUCAACUAUUUGAAACUAUAUCUCAAGCUUUGGUUAGUGCUUGCAAUCGUGACGCUAUUUCCGGUUGGGGCGCAAAGGUUUACAUUAUUAAAAAAGACAAAAUAAUCGUGCGUGAUAUCAAAACUCGAAUGGAUUAGAUGUUGGACAUUGUAAUUUCAAUUUGUGUACAUUCUUGUUUGUAACUAAUCCAAAAAAUUUUAUUCUUACAAAAAGUCAUAAAUGGGAUGAAAAAUAAAUUUUUCAUAAAAUAAAAUAAUUUGUUUAUUA